UGUUUAUGUUCUUCAGGGUGUUUGCUUUAGGAUGACGCGGAUUAGAGAAAACAAAACAAAACAGGCCGUUUAAAUGACAAACCCAAACACUGUCGUGUCUAAACUCCUCGUUUAGCUUUUGACAGGUGUAUUUGACGCUUUAGCAGGUUUUCAUUUGUCUGUGCUGUUGGUUGAGGUUUAGCCGAUAAGCCUCGAGUGUAGAAUUAACGGUGUCUGAUACCGGUGUCUAAUCUCCGUCACUCGGACACAUCCGUGCUGUGGUCAGUAACAAACACUCUAGUGUGACAAAAAAAGGAUGGCUGAACCACCCCAGUCAUGUGACUGUUUUGUAUCUCUGCCACCUGGUUCUAAAUUCGACCAUGUGAUAUUUGGUAAGAAUUCGGAUCGACCAAGGGAUGAGGUGCAGGAAGUGGUUUACUACCCUGCUGUCUCCCACGGCCCUGGCGCCACAGUGGAGUGCACAUACAUCUCAAUCCCUCAAGUGGAACAGACGCAUGCGGUAGUGCUGAGCAGACCCGCCUGGCUGUGGGGGGCUGAGAUGGGAGCCAACGAACACGGCGUGUGUAUUGGGAAUGAGGCCGUGUGGACCCGUGAACCUGUAAAUCAGGAGGAUGCGCUGCUCGGUAUGGACUUGGUUCGUUUGGCUCUGGAGCGUGGUGACACUGCGUGGGCUGCUCUGCGUGUGAUCACGGAGCUGCUACAACAGUAUGGUCAGGGUGGAGCAUGCAGAGAGGAUCCUGAACACUUCAGCUACCAGAAUACCUUCCUGCUGGCUGAUCGCCAAGAAGCCUGGGUCCUCGAGACUGCUGGGAAACUCUGGGCUGCUCAGAAAAUCACAGAGGGAGUGAAGAACAUCUCCAACCAGCUGACGAUAGGCACGGAGAUCUCUGCGGAGCAUCCGGAGCUGCGCAGUAGCGCUCAGUCUCAGGGCUGGUGGAACGGAGAGGAUGAGUUUAGCUUCACGGCGGCGUUUAGCCCAGACGACCCCCCUGCUAGAAUGGAACUGGCCAAGCAGCGUUAUAAAGGCGGCACGGCACUGCUUCAGGAACACAAUGGCUCUGUGACAGCAGAGGUGAUGAUGAGCAUCCUGAGGGACAAGCCCAGCGGCAUCUGCAUGGAUUCAGCAGGUUUCCGCACCACAGGCAGCAUGGUUUCCAUCCUCUCACGAGAUCCCAGCAUGCCCUGCGUUCACUUCUUCACUGCCACCCCAGAUCCCUCCAGGUCUGUUUUCAAGCCAUUCAUCUUCUCGGAGAGCAUUCGCCCCGUUACUAUGGUGAUAUCUCCACAGUAUGGUUCAGAUGAUCCUGUGAAGACCCUGCCUCGAUUCCAGCGUCAGGUGGACAGGAAGCACGAGCUUUACCGUGCUCACCAGGCUGCUGUGGAGGCCAAUCCGGAUGGAGUGUCUCUACAGGAGACUAUGCGCUUCUUAGAGUCCCAGUGUCUGCAGGAGAUUGAAGCCAUGCUCAGGGGGGAGGUGGAGGGCCAGGAGCUCGGCGAUCUCUUCUUCGACUGCGUGGACACAGAAAUAAAGUUCUACCAGUGAGGCAGAGCAGUUGUCGUGUGAAUGUCGCUAGUGCUUGCUGAUCUGCUCCGGAGAGGGACGGGACCGGCCUGUCUGCUCCGAUACACCUCACUUAGCUCUCCCGUUGCAAUGCAACACAUCGUGAUGUCCGUUAACAUGCCAUUACAUUAAGUGUAACUGUAUAAAACAGGUACUAGAUGUUCAUGCCCCAUAAUCAUGUGUAAUUGUCGCACCAGGCGGUCAUGUACUAUACGCACCACAUUAAUGAGUAAGUGAUAGAUUACUAAGGUGUGUGUGUAGAGAAUAGAGUAUGUGAGAAAAGAAUAGCGGAGACGAACCAUGAUCAUUUCUGUGCACGUUCACGAGGGUUCGGCUGCCUGGCUGGUCCUCGGAGGAGAAUGUGAAUAAAGAUAACAACUUUACACUGGA